AUGGCACAAGUUAAACCUUUUGGAAGCUGGCCUUCUCCUGUCACAGCCGAUUCAUUAUCUGCUGGCUCCGCAGCUAAUGAUACCUGGGUAGACAAUGGUUAUAUUUAUUGGUGUCAAUCCAUUGCUGCUGAAAAAGGACGCGGUCAAAUAUUCAAACAACGUAUUCACGACAACGCAACCCCUGAAGCAUUAUUACCUGAGGGUUUUAGUUGCCAAACCCGCGUCCACGAAUACGGCGGUGGUGCAUUCAAGGUAUCUAACGACCUAGUUGUGUUUUCCAACGACUACGAUCGUCGUCUCUACACUAUCUCGAACGGCAACAUGAAACCAUUGACCGAAGAAAACGAAUUUUAUCGUUAUGCUGAUUAUACGAUUGACAAAGAAAACAAAUUUUUAGUGUGUGUACGCGAACAACAUUUUCCCAAUGAAGAGCCCAAGGACGUGGUUAAUGUGCUUGUUUCUAUUGAUUUGAGUUCAGGCAAACAGACCGUUAUUGCACAAGGUGAGGACUUUUAUGCUUCCCCACGUCUUUUUAGUCAAAACAAGUUGACUUUUGUCUGUUGGAGUCAUCCUAAUAUGCCUUGGGACUAUACUCGUCUUUAUGUUGCUCAAACUGAAUAUCAAAACGGGGCAUUAGUUUUAAAGAAUUCUGUUUGUGUUGCUGGAGACAAGAUCGAUGAGAGUAUUUCGCAACCUAAUUUCGGUAUCGAUGGUACUCUUUACUUUGCUUCUGAUCGUUCUGGAUUCUGGAACUUGUAUGCCUAUAAUGGUCAAGAAGUUAGUUUAUUGUUAGAGUCUCCUCUUGAACAGGAAUUCGUUGGCCCUGCAUGGUCAUUCAACUCAUCUGAAUUCACACCUCUCAAAUCCAACCCUCAUCAACUUGUCACUAGCAACAAGGACUCAUUGGCCAUCAUUGACACUCAAAAGAAGACAAUGACCAACCUGAGCAGCAAAUAUACUAGUUUCGAUCAUCUUCGUAUUUAUCUCGACCAAGAUCAAAAUGAAUAUGUGCUUGGUAACUUUUCUUCUCCAACUGAACCUGUUCAGCUUGUUUCUUAUGACUUAAAGCAACAGUCUAUUUACCGUGUGCAUCAAACCACGGCCACUAGUGUCUUGGAACCUGACUAUGUCUCUGUUGGUCAAGAAAUUGCUUUCCCCACCACAGACAAUAAGACGGCUUAUUGCUAUUACUAUGCACCCAAAAACCCCAACUACAAGGGUGAAGGUCUUCCUCCUCUUCGAGUCAUGUCUCAUGGUGGUCCUACCUCUUCCUCAAGCAAUAGUUUCCGUCGUGCUAUUCAGUACUGGACUACCCGAGGUUUUGCUAUUGCCGAUGUCAACUAUGGUGGUAGUACAGGCUAUGGUCGUGAAUACCGAGAACGCUUAAGACUAAAGUGGGGUAUUGUGGAUGUCGACGACUGCUGUAAUGCUGCUCUUUACUUGGCUAAACAAGGCUUAGUCGAUGCUAAGAAAUUGGCUAUCGUCGGUGGAAGUGCUGGUGGCUUUACUACCCUUGCCUCUGUUGCUUUCCGUAAAGUGUUCCAAGCAGGCUGCUGUCUCUAUGGUGUUUCAGAUAUCACCUUGUUGGCUAAAGAAACGCAUAAGUUUGAAUCAAGAUAUCCUGAUCGUUUGAUUGGUGAAUAUCCUAAAGAUGAGAAAGUGUACCAAGAACGCUCUCCUAUCAAUAGAGCUGAUGAAAUCGAAUGUCCUGUUAUUUUCUUCCAAGGCUCUGAAGAUAAGGUCGUGCCUCCUUCUCAAUCUGAAGUCAUGGUCAAUGCCAUGAAAGAAAAAGGCGUCCCUGUCGCUUAUGUUCUUUAUGAAGGUGAAGCUCAUGGUUUCCGUCGUGCAGAAAACAUCAAGCGUACAAUGGAACUUGAACAAUGGUUUUAUGGUCAAAUCUUUGAUUUCCCUGUUGAAGGUGUGGAAGGUAUUGAGAUCUAUAACUUUCCAAAGAAAUAA